UAAAGCUGUGUGUGUUCCUCUCCAAGUUGAGCUGUCCUGUGUUCUCCGCCAUGUGGUCUCCAAGCCUGUGCUGCACGGCGAUCCUCUUCCUCCUGUGUCCCGGCUUCCUCCUGGGCGCCACCCUCCAUGCCAUCCACUGUGCCCCAUGCACUGAGGAGAAACUCGCCCUGUGCCCUCCAGUGCCUGCCAGCUGCCCCGAGACGGCUCGACAGCCCGGCUGCGGCUGCUGCUACACCUGCGCACUCCAGCAAGGGGAGGCCUGUGGCGUGUACACGGCCCAGUGUGGCCAGGGGCUCCGUUGCCGAGUGCGCCUGGGGGAAUCCAAGCCCCUUCAGGCCCUCAUCCGCGGACAGGGCACCUGCCACUCAGCUGCUGACACAACAGAGGUUACAGACUCUGCAGAACCGGAGGAUGGGCCCACCGAAGCCUCUGAAAUAUCAGCUGACCAACUGUUCAACUAUCAGUCGUUGUUUCCCGCUGGCCAGGACAAGCCUUCCCCGUGGAACGUCAUCAGCGCCUACGAGAGCAUGAAAGCAAAGAGGCUUUCUGAAUUUAGGAGAUGGAAGGAGCAGGGACCUUGUCAAAAAGAACUCUACAGAGCUCUGGACAAGUUAGCCAAAGCUCAACAGAGAACCGGAGGCGAAAUCUACAGAUUCUACUUGCCCAACUGUAAUAAGAACGGAUUUUACCACAGCAAGCAGUGUGAAACUUCGCUGGAUGGAAGCCCUGCUGGAUGCUGGUGUGUUUAUCCCAAAAACGGGAGGAGAAUUUCUGGAUCCCCUGAAACGAUGGGCGACCCGGACUGCGAACAAUAUCUGAACUCGCAAGAAUAAGACCAAACGGGCUGCAGGUUGUUCAUACGUUCGAUCCCGAAUCUCUUGCAAACCAAGCGUCCUAUUCUGGACCCGAGACAAUCCUUCGUUGACAAGUCUUUACACAUGUGAUUGGCUCACCCCCAAUCUUGUUCGUUCUUGCUCAGAAGUAAAAUCCCAAAGAUUCCAUCGGGGGCUCACUCCAUGAAGGCGUUCAUGGGAUCGCAGCCUUUAGACAGUGAUGUUGGUGGUGGUUGGGAAGAUCUGAAAAACCGUGUCUACCUGCGUUAUUAAAGUUAGGCAGAAUGAUUAAUGGUGGCAGAGCUGGGCCCUCACACAUCCUGACGUAUACGAGCUGCUUUUAUAUUUUUCCCUUGUUGCCUAGUCUACGACUGCGCAAUUAUUUAUUUUAGAUGUCUAUUUUUAUGUUUGUCCGUGUUAUUAACUUAUAUAUCUAUAUCCUUAAACACUUCAGAACAAUGCAUAUCAAUACUUUUAAUAUUAUUUCUCACAAAAGAUGCACUUUUCAUGGUUUCCGGAGAGCACACUUUAUAUCCUUUAUCAUGGGGAAAGAAUGCCUUGCUGAGCAUAAAUGUUUGUAUCGUGUAUUCAUGUCAUUUGGGAAACCUCCCAUGGGAUAGAGUGUGAUCAAGGGAGUACAUGCUUAUUUAAAAGCUUGUCUUGUUGGCAUCUGAGGCUGCACAUCACAUUCAUUUCAGUGUCAAGGAGUCUGGGUGUUGUAGUGGAAUACGGGCCUUCGCAGCACGCCCAGGGGGGCUGAUUUUGUGGGAAACACACUCCAGAAUUCCCCAGUGUGGUGUCCACCCCCCCCCCAUAGCCCCCACCAGUGUGUUUCCUGUUUGGGGCCUGAGGUUUAUCAGGAGAAAGCAGUUUAUAAAUCAAAUCAAUUAAAAUGCAAUUACAGGUGGGGUUGUCAGCCACCAGUUGGCUCUCCUUCCAAAUUGCAACUGACAAUUUCCAGGCUACCCAGAGCAGAUGGCUGCAGGAAGUGGCCGCUCUGGAAAGUGUACUGUAGGGCAUUAUAGCCCACGGAGCUCCCUCCUCAAAUGCCAUUCUUCUAAAGAUCCCCCCCCCCCCAAAUAUUCAGGAAUUUCGCAUCCUGCAAUCGGCAGCGCUGCAAUAGUUCUCGAACAGAGUCGGGCCAACCCCUGAGGAGUUUCUCCCUUGAGCAACACACAUGGUCCACAGCUAUGAGGCAGUGGCAUAGUGCCAAGGGAAUGGGGGAGGAUGAAAGAUGCGACGGGCGUGUGCCAGUGCGGGAGCAUGGCAGGGCAGACGGGGCGUGGUGGGGGCGUUCCAGGGCAUGGCAGGGGCGCGGGGCGCACGCGUGCCCUGGGCGCGGUUCCCUCUCACUCCGGCCCUGCUAUGAGGUCUCACUUUGGCCGUAAACGCAAGCUUCGUUAUGUUCGGGGGGUUUCAAUGCCUCUCACUGCGGCUGAGUAGGCAGUAAAACCUCCUCUUCCUUAGGAAACCAAAGAAAAACAGGAAAUACCCAUUUGGUUUGGAAGCUUGCAGUGUUUUGUGAUCAGCCGUCAUGGCAGCCAUGUUGGGAGGACACCUGCUCCCUUUCCUCAAAGUUCCCAAAGCGUUCACAGGCUCAAAGAGGCUUCUGACUUCUGGAAUUUGGUCCUAUUCCUGUGAUCAUUUUAAUGACACACACACACACACACACACACACACAAACUGCGUCAUGGGGUCACACCACACUGAAUUAGUUCCCAUGCUACUGGGCAUGCCAUAUGAAGGGUACCAUUCUGAGAGGAGAAAGUUCAUUUAUAUUUGUUUUGUUUGUUUUCACUCACAUGCACUGGUCUUACGUUAUUCAAGAAAUGAAGACACAACCUACAAUGUAACUACCUUUUUAAUGAAUGUAAAUUUUCAUGAGUGGAACUUUUCAUAAGUUGACCUUGUCAUGUUAUUUAAGAUGAAUUAUUAAAGCAUUUGCUUUGGA